AUGACGACUAAUUCCACAACUAAUAGUAGUAAUUUGAGUUUGAAGCUUCUGAUAGACUCAAAGAAUAAGAAAGUGGUGUUUGCAGAAGCCUCUAAAGAUGUGGUGGACUUCCUCUUCACCUUGCUUCAGUUGCCACUUGCUACCGUCAUCAAGCUUUUAACAAAGGAAGCCGUUGUUGGUUGCUUGGGGAAUCUUUAUUCGAGCGUUGAAAACCUCAACCAUGUUUACUGGCAACCAAACCUAUCUAAGGAUGUUAUCCUUAAUCCAACCAUUCUUACCUCUUCACCUGCUAUCUCCGGCCUCCUCCCUUCAGCUGCUAUAAACCACUCCCAGAUAAUUCCAAAGCUCUACAGGUGCUCGUCCCCUUUCACUUAUUGCAGUAGCAGCACUGUAACAGAUGUGUACAAUUCUAAAUGUGCCGCGUGUAAUAGAGCCCAUGUCAACCAUAUCAGGCAAUUAGGCAUCACCAUGCUUAACCAGUUCAAUGUCAAGGAUGUUGGUGUCUUGAAAGAAACCGUUGUUCAACUUGGCAUGAAAGAGGGCUUAAAGCUACUCAAGGCAUCCAUAGAGUCCGAGAUGGUUCUCACAACCGUUUUCUUAGCUUAA